AUGCAGGGAUUAUCAACGGCCAUAGCCAAGAACGUAAUUCAUCACGGCCGCGUUCUUGGACGCAACAGCCAAAUAAUCCAAACCCUAAGGCCGCCAUGCGAGGUGUUCAUAAACCACCGUGGCGCCGAGACCAAGCGGAGCAUCGCUGGCUUGCUGCACAACUUCCUGAGCCUGCUCGAUGUUCACCCUUUCCUGGACAACAGGAGCAUGAAGCCCGGAGAUAAGCUGUUCGAUGAGAUCGACGCGGCCAUUUAUGGCUGCAAGGUCGGGGUUGUGGUGUUCUCGCCGCUUUACUGCGAGUCGCGGUUCUGCCUCCACGAGCUGGCUUUGCUGAUGGAGACGAAGAAGAGGGUGGUACCCAUUUUUUGCGAUGUGAAGCCGUCUCAACUUCAUGUCCGGGACGACCUGAAGCAUUCGGCCAAUAAUUUGCAAAGAUAUAGGCAUGCUGUCGAGGAAGCCAAGAACACCGUUGGUCUCACUUUCUAUUCAUCAAAAGGGGACUGGUCGAAGCUGGUAAGAGACGCAUCCGACGCAGUGAUACGCAACUUGCUGGAGGCCGAAGAAGAGAAGCCCCAAUUAGAGCCAAAAUGUGCACAAAGCACUGAAUAA